AUGACGGCGUUUAAAGUGCGAUUGCGUGUGCCCUCCGCGGUGUCUAGUUCUGCGGCGUCGGGUGAUACGUCGACAGAGAAGAAACCUUCGACUGUAGAUACGACGGCUGAUGUCUCGAUGCAGAGCGACAGCCAAGCGAUGUCGUCGGAAGAUGAGCUGGCCGACGAGCCUUUGGCGACCCCCUCAACACCUUCGGCAGGUGCUGGCGCUGAGAUCAAAGAAGACACAUCAGGCAAAUCGUCGCCAUCGACGGACGCCUCUAAGCCAAAGCGGGCAAAGCCACGCCGAAUGGGCCCGCCGGCCGGUUCCAUCUCGGCAGUCGCAGCGACACUUACGCUCGAGGAGUUGGACGCCUUGCCUUCCGCCAAGCGUCGGAAGGGACUCAAGACACGCGGUGCGCCGGGUCCUGGACGUGGCUGGCGCAAGGGUCUCUCGAAGGGCCAGAAACCCGUGUACCGUCUCCCUGGCUCAGACAUUUCCACAGCGGAUUUGCCGCAGAAUCAGUCUGUGCAGCCAACCACGCCCGUAUCGUUCGUGAAGAAUAGCGAGACUUCAAUGACGACGAAACGGGCUAAGAGCACAAGCAGCCCGGCGCCGGCGCCGGCCGCGUCCACCUCGUCGUCGUCGCGCUCCAGCAGUUCCAAAGUGACUGAGAAUGCGGUGGACCAAGCCUUCCUAUACCCCUCCAUCCCUUCGUUGAAAGAGAUGCCGACCAUUCUGCCGCUUGCACGCGUACCAAACUUCAUCCCUGCGGUGGCGUCGUUUGAGAAGCCUUCCGUUCACCUGACAGUGCGCCCAUGGCACCACCGUUCUCGCGAGAUCCAAAGCAUCGGCGGUCGAGUAUGGCGUGCACCUGUAUGGCUCAGUGAGAAAAAGCAAGACACGGAAGCAGAGGCAGAGGCGGAGACGGACUUGGCUAAGGACGACACGGCCGAUGAUACCGCCUCGGUAGAUACCGCUGUAACCACAGCUGCGUAA